UUGUGAUGUUUUCUCACUUCUUGGAAUAAUUUAAUUCUAACUAGUGUUAGUUGGUGGACCAAAAUGUAAUUGGGCUACUUAAGAACUUGAUACUUUACUGCAUCAAAUAAUGUUGUGUAAACAUUACUAUCUGUUCAUGCUUAUAUGUAAACCUCCAAUGACUGUUUUAGCAAAUAAUCUUGUAUCUUAAGUUGAAACAUGAAACUGCUGAUUGCUGUCUGUUUUUUAUUCAGAUUUAAGUUAGACUUGCAUAGCUGGACUAUAUACAUGUAAUCUUGGAAACAGGGUUCAGUAUUUUGUGUCAAACGUACAGCCAUUGUUCGUUUCUGAUCACUGAGAUGAAAAAAGCUAUUGAAUCCUUUGUGUUUUGGCUCAGCUGCACUGAGCAUUGUUUUAUUUGCUUUCAAACUUUAGCAAAUAUGUAAAUGGGUUUGACAUUCUAAUCCAUCUUUGUAUGUUUAAACAUACAAAGAGCACAGACACAGUCAUCUUGGAUCAUUUUCUGUGGCAUUGUUGUAAUUGCUGGCUUUUUAAAAAUCCUUGCCUCUUACUAAUGUAAGUGAAUUUUAUUCUUCAUGUGUCCAGAUUCCCUUGCUGAGUCAUAGAUACAGUAGUGGUGUAAUUCUUACAGCUGGCAUUGGCUGAUUUGCAGUCAUAUGUGAAAGAAUUACUUUUAUAAGCUCUCCUGGAAGACUUGCAUGGACUUGUCAUAGUGAUUUUUAUUUUUUUCCCCCUCUUGGUUUUCAAGCUGGUCUGAGAAGCUCAAAACUUCAUUGUGAAGGUAUUUUACUCAUUCUUAUGUUGUAGUAGGAUAUGCUGUCAGCAGCCAGCUGUUUGAAUUUAAUUCAGUGGGGCUGUUAGAGCUUGGUGAAUAGACUAAAAAAAUAUUGAGUCUUCAUUUUGAAAGCAACCUUUCAAGUUCCUGCAUUCAUGGUGUCAGGUUUACAGCUGUCACUGAUGACAAUUAACCUAGAGGCUUGUAGGGGAUGAAUUCUAGGCUUGGACAGUGUCUUCCUCUGUCCUGCUUUGCAGACUGCGUUGGUGUCUCGGUUGUCUCGUGGCCCUGCAUGUGCCGUAGGAGGAGGUGUGGCACUUGGCCCUGCCCCGCCUGCUAGUUUGGUCUCCAUAUACCAGACCAUGUGUAAGAAAAUGGGAAUUUACUCUGAUGUCUUAGCUGCACAGUGAUGAUCAAGAAAGUUGCGCCUGACUGCCUUUCAGAGACCAAAAGUAAGAUGAAUCAAAACAUCCUAUGGACAUCUUACAUGGGCUGCAUGUAUUUCACAUUAAUAAAACAAAAGAUCUAUAGAUGAAAUGUGAGAUUGCUCUUAAGAAGAAAUAACCAUGUUCUAAAUAAUACUAAUGAGAAUCUGACUGCUCUUAUGGAAAAUCCUGAUAAAAAAAUGCUAGUUUCAGUCUUAACUCUAUUUUUUCCUGAAUAUAUUUAAAUGAGUUUUGAUUUCUGUUACCAGAUCAAUGGCUUGUACCAUUUUUUUCAUACAAGUCUGGAAAACUGAUGCACAGAUUCCGUUGUGCAAGCAGCAGGGCCUGGUUCAGAUAUGAGUGUUGGAUGAGCUGCCAGUGAGUCACGUAGUUACUGAUCUGUUUCAUUAACAGGUUCUUUUAAGAAUAAGCUUGCCAGUGUAUCUUUAAAUCGUUGGACAGAAGCUAUUGUUGAUUUUUUUGAAUGCUCUUUCAUAUGCUGGCUUACUGGUGUGCCUGAACUAUAACAAGGAAUGGCAGAUGCGAUAUUUGACGCUAGUCUUGCAUUUUGUGCCUCUUCAGCCUGCCCUGUGUGUCUCCCAAGAAGGUGCCAAUUGUAAUGAUGCUUUCUGUAUAAUGAGUGGAUGCUAGGAGAUCUGAAAUCCCUGUGUGUUUUAUGUAGAAAUUGUGUUGGGGAGAGUAGAAAUGGGCAAGAGGAAAAAUGGAUGGAAAGGAGUUGAAUAUCAAUGAUGGCCUACGCAACACUUAUUUCAUACCUUGCUGUAUGAUCUGUAAAGUUUUAAUGUUUUUGUUUCAUCAUCUUGUUCUACCUGUGGUGUUUUAGUUUCCAGUGCUCAAGCAAAGAGAUCAGAUAAUGUCAGAGGUUCAUCUGAAAGUAAAGGGGAUCUGAAGUCUCUCAUUUCUCUGUUCUUGGGACUACGGCAUAUAGCUUGCUUUCUUCAUAAGGGUAGCCAUGAGGUUCUUGAUGGAUGCUUAGCGGCAAAAUUGGAUUAAAUACUUACAGUCCACAGCUGCUUUUUCCUGCUUCCUGCACAGUCCCCUCAGCUGUUUUGGUAGAGCUGUUUACAUGUCUUCUCUCUGAAGCAUUGCAGGAAACUGAUCUAUCUGAAAAAUAAAGCACUAAAACACAAAAUAACUUCACAUCAUGUCCCUGAUUUGGGUCAUUGCAUUGCUACGGAAAGCUUGUCUGGUGGCACAGAGUAGAGGCGAGAUCAGUUAGGUAAAGGAGAGCUGGGUGUGAGACUGUAUUGCCUAAAGUGUGUUAGAUUGAAGUACGUACAUAACCAUAUACUUAGUUAAAUUUAAAUCUGAUUUGAUUGCUCCAUUGGGUGUGUUGUGCAAGGUUACACCAAACACUAUUGAAUGUAUCCUUUAACAACUGGUAGGCUUGCAGACGUGUUCAGCCUGUUGGCAAUUUUCUGUCAUCAGAGAGUUAAAACUAUUUCUCUAAAUGAAAAACAGGAAUUACCAUAUUAUACCAGAGUGAUAAAACACGCAAAACAUUUAACAACAGUCAAAACUGAUUAAGAAGAAGAAACUUUCAGUAAGGUGUGGGACUGUAACGUUUGAGGGUAACAUCUUCCUAAAUAAUUUUCUAAGUUUCAGAAGUAUCUUUUGGAGAUCUUUCUUUACUUUUUGAAUUUGACAUUCUAACACUAGCUGUUACCUGAAAAAAUGUCUGAUUUUGUGAAUACUGUUUGACUUUGUCCUCAAAUCUUGUCCAAAUUCAAUGGCCAUACUGUAUGUUCUGUAUGACAAUCAAACUUCAUUUUAUGUUCAGUUCUUCCUGUAUUAGAAAGACAUUUUUCUCUGUCCUGAUUUGCUUUUCUUACCUAUCAUGUCCUGCUUCUAGUCUACUAUAGUAAAUUGUAAAGGGUAGAAUUUAGUUUUUUUAAAUCUCUCUUAAAGAAUCUUUUUCUAGUGCUGCUGUUACCGCCAUUGCCUCUCUUCUUAAAGAGACUUUUUAUUUCUACUCUAUCCUCUUUGAUACAGGAUUUUUUCAGUAUGCUAACUUGUAGCAUUUAAAGUGAAUCUCUUCUUCCUGGCAUUCUUCAUCACUUCAAAUCUUCAGUUUUAUUUAGUGGGAAGUGCUUUACAGACAGAUCAAGCUAGCUAAUGGUAUGCAGGUUUUCUCUCUGAUUUGGAAACCUUGUCCAAGAGCUGUUAAAACUCUGUUUCAGAGGAAUUGUUAAGCCAUUUUACACUUCUACUGAUGUUAACAAUGGCUAAACUCAAAGGACUUGUUUGAAAGAGCAAUGUAAUAAAUGAUUGCUGCUUGGUCGUCUAAUUGGGUGUGUUGUUUUGUGACCUGGUACUUGCAGAGGUUCUGUGAUCAGUAGAGCUGCAAAAUAUAUCUGUGUGCUCACAUGUGUUUUCUAGCCUUCAGUUUGGGUCAGAGAAAACUGUUCUUAUAGUCCAGUGCGGAGAUUUGAAUCAAGGUUAGAAAUAUAAAGAGCAAUAAUACCGAAGCUUUGUGAAGGCAUCAAACCUUAGUAAAAUUAUACCUAUUUAUAUGCAAAUUAAAGUAUUUUUUUGAGUGACCAGGUAGCUCAUAUUGCAUUAGUGAGAAAGUGGAAUGCUGCUUUGCUUAUCAUCUGCUACCCCAGGUCUCUGUAUUGCAGUGAAGUAUGUAAAACACUUCUGUGGUGGGUACGUUAUUAUAAUUGUUUUUAAAAUAAUCAGUAUGAGUGACAAAAGUUCCUUUUCAUGCUCUUUCUUUUGAGCCCAAUGUUGGAAAUGCUGCUUGAGAGCUGACUAAAAAGCCUUCUAAAAUAACAAAUCCAGUCAGGAUGCAGAGAGGAAAUGUUUUCGGGAUUUGUACUGCCUUAUUCUUUCAGCUUUUCUGAUCUUCUCCUGCUUUAGCUUUGUUCUCAUGAUGGCUCAAUGUAAAGGGUGUGGGGUGGAAGUGGCUCUUUGCCUAUGGGAACUGAGGAACUGGGUUUCCUGUGGAGUUGGAGAUCUCUGACUCCAUCUAGGAAGGCGCAAGUCCUGUUUGAAGCCUUUCUGCUGCUGUGAUAAUUAUAGUGCUCAUCCAUGUAAAUUCUGUAGUGUUCAACAUGAGCUUGCGCUGAAGUACUUUCUAAAAGUGGAGACAUUUAGAGGUUUUCUCUCAUGCACCCACAUGUCUUGUUUCUUAAAAUACAGAGGUUAACUAUGUCUGAAGCUGCUUGUGAUAUUUAACUGAACGACUGGAAGAUUUCAUCUUGGAGAAGGGAGAGUGUAGGCAUAUACAUAGCAGAAUUUUGUAUUGUCCACUUAAAAAAAAAUAAUCACAGACUAAUCAAGUAUGGGAAUAUAUUUAAGGCUGAUGUCCUAUAUUUUGGCUUAUCCUGUAAUGGGCAUUUUAAUUUUGAGUGUCUUAAGAGGUGAAAUGAAAUACAUAUGAAAUCUCUAGAAUGUGGGCAGAGAAGAUAACUCUAAUAGGUGCAUGUAUUUCUUUUAAGUCAUUCUAGCAGUGGCUACAGAUUUCUGAAAUACAAUCAAAUUGCUUGUAGUGACAUUUUGAGUUGAAGCUACCUUUGUCAGUUUGUAAUGAGGUACUUCUAGGAAGUUUUUGAAAUGGGUUGUUUAUUGUAUUUCAGACACUAGCACAGUAGGAGAAUGCUGAGUUGGCAAAAUGCGCAAUCAAGACAGGAAAUUUUGUAUUACUGAGUGUAGCGGUGUCCUUGCUACUGAGCGAGGAAUAAUCUAAGCUAUGUCAGUAUUUUUCAGCUCCAGAGAGGCAGCAGUUGUUGCUGGUGAGCUGGAUGUAAGCACUGCAAUUCCUACAGAGGAAUGUAUAUAACAGCAUGAGGAGCUGCUGGUCAGUGUCACAGUGAGUCCCCCCACCUUCCCGAUGUACUAAGUAUCUCCAUCUCCCCUGCAGUUUAUUGUCAUGAGUGAUUUGGGAAUUUAGCUUAUCUAGGUUUUGGAUAAGAACAUGUGUUUACUGCCUCAGAUUCUCAAAUCCCAUCUUGGCUGACUUUUUUUUUGUGUAGCCAAAGAUAAUAUUUAAGAGAAUAAUUUUCUGUUUCUUUUUAAAUAAAAAGAUAGAUUAUUUGGAUCAGAAAGUACCUCCGACUUCAUACUUGGUCUUUAAAAUCUCUGUAGGGUUUAGUCCUUUAUUAAGUGCUUCUGGAAAUGUGCAUUUGGACUUGAAAUGCCAGAGUAUCCUUCCAGCAUAGUAAGGUUGUCAUACAGUAUGAGUAUGCCCCCUCUAAUAUUACUUUGUAGUUCUAGACACAAACUUGAACACUCAGUAACCCCUGGUAAAAUGAUUCUUGUGUCUAUUUCUGCACUGGCUCAAAGCUGCCUGUUUUAAACUGCAUUUAAUCAAGAUUUUUGCUGUAGCCUGGAUAUUUACUAUUUAAAGUUGUUUUUCAGUCUUAAAUUACAAGGCUUCUGAAAAUGACAAUACUCAGAAGUACUGUCCUAAAGCAAACUUUCCAAAAGAUCUGUCCAUACUACUCAGGGCUUUUCCAUCUUAAGGAAAAUAAAAUUUGUUUUAUUUACGCUAAGUUUCUCAAGACAUUUUCGUUUCCCUGGUGAGAAUAUAUAAAGUAACUUCAUUACUGCAUACUUCCUCAGUUGAUCAUUGGCUCAUAAUUUGCCAGUUUGGAUGAACACUCUUGUGCUCAUCUGGAUGUUUCCCCACCAUCUUAGGAAUCUACUUCCCUUUCUCCUUCUCCCUUCAUUCUGUUUUUAGCUACCAACUUAUUUUUUUUGAGAAUUAAAUUAGAAAAGGUCACAUCUUGUGACUGGGUGUUACUUGCGUCAAGGCUGAAUUGGAUCGAACACUAGUAAUUGUCAAGAGUAGUGAGAAUAGUUAUUUAAACAUCUUGUGAAUCUGAGUUUCAUCCUUGUUUUAAAUUUGGAAGCAAAUGGAAUUUACCUUUUCUUUUUUUCCCCACGUAUACGAGAUUAACAAAAAUAAAAGGUUCAUUUUAACCUAAAGGAAACAAGUUAAUCUGAAAACUGAUCCAGCUAAAACCUGUUCUUGUUCGUUGAAUGUGAAUAUGCAGGUGGAGAAUAUAGAGUUGCGUGUGAAUGAUCUCUGGGUAGAGAAGGAUGUGAGAUUGUUAUUUUUUUUUUUUUUUUUUGGUGGCAUUGUUGACUUUUUUGCAUAUAUUGAUGAACUUCUCAAACAAUGGAAGAAUCAAAGUUGGUUUAGUAAGUAUAGCGCACGCUGGCAGAGGCUUCCUUUUCUGCCCUUCACCCUUGCUUGGAGUGUGAAAGUGUGGUAUGAAAAGCACAAGGAUGGUUGUGGAUAAGAGAGAAAGAUGAACAAAAUUUGGCCUAAAAUGAGAUUAAGAGCAAUGGGUUGCUUUAGUGGAGUAUCACCUCUAAUUUGUACAAUCUAACAGACUUCUAAAACUUGAUUUCUUUGAAAAAUCUUUUUUCAGAUGAGGCAGCUGAAAAGCUUCAAAUUUUGUGGAGGGAGAGAGAAGAGUUAAGGCAUAUCGUCAGUCUGCUAAAAGGGCACAUUUGCUGUAGCAAAUAGUUAAACAAAAAACCAUCCCACAAGCUCUCGUUAACUGCAGUCUUAAAAGUCUGUACAUGAGGUAUGUGUACAUAUUGUUGAAUUAAGUGCAUAAAUGAUUGGUGCAUCCGUUUUUAGGAACACCGUGUUAUGUCAACAUGUGCAGUGCUCCUCUGACUGUUCUGUAAAACUUGCGUGUUCAUGUUACAGGACAAAAAUGAACACUUCAGAAAUGCGGAGAGAGCCUGUUGCAGGAAAUCUGGAAGACAUAACUUCCUUUUCUUGCCGAGGGGAAAAUGUAAACAAAGUUCCAACUUAAUUGUAGACUAACUGCUAGACUGGUUUUCUGACGAAGCCUUUCCUCCCUCAAUUGAUUGCUUUAAUCAUUGAGAAAGUAUGUUUUCUGUUUCAUUUGAAAUGGAUUUUUGUAUUUUUGGGGAGCACACACCUCGAUGCUUGUGAGCAUUUAGUUCUUGCAACACUUGCAUGGAGUCUAAAUAUAGGUAUUAGUGCAAGUAACUACUGAAGCUUAAGUUACUAGUGUAACUUUUGAAGGUUUGGGUAGUUUGUGGAAGUAUCUGAAGUUUGCUUGUGAGGGGCAGCAUUGCAAUACUUGUGUAUUUUGCUGCUGUAUGAGUUCUCGUGCACAUGCGCGUGUACUAAAGUAUCAGUCUUUAAAGUGGCUGAAGUCUUUGAACUGUAUGGCAUAGAAAGAUUUCUUGGCAUCAUAUCUUACGAUAUAAAUGUUAUUUGUUGAAGUCAAUGUGGCUCUUAAAAUUUUCUGCUGAAGUUAAUGAAUUUAACUUGUCCGCAUCAAAAAGCCCAACCAAAGGAGAAAUCUUUUAAAUGUGCAAGCUUUUAAAUAACUCUUAAAAUCUUAGUAUAUACACAAAUAACUGAUUUAUACAAAUGGGCAUAAGAUCACCGUGUUAGUUGUGUCUUUGUGUGUUAAAAUAUCUAAAUAAAAGGAAAACAGCCUGUGGGUUUGGCCAGGAAUUUCAGGCUUGCUCAGGGUGGCAGCAGUUCAUAACCAGUUUACAAGCUCUCGAAUGAGUCAAUUGUUGUUUAAAUACCGUGCACGGUGAAUUUUCCAGUUUGAUUUUUGUAUUACUGCCUGCUUUGGUGAGCAGAGCAGGGAGUGACCCUGGAUGUUUGGAGACAAGGGGAGAAGGUGGAGUCAGCGCUGAGACCUGAGCCUCGGAACCAGGGGCUGCCAAGGAGGGCUCUGCUGGAGCACCCAGGGCCAGGCCAAAGGGAGAUUUGAGCCUGAGUUCAGAGAGAUUGAGAAGGAUUACUAGAAGGGUAUAGUUUUGUGAGGCAGUUUAAUAUCAAUAGUCAGCUCUCUUCGUAUCGACAGCUGUGGGUUCCUGUUCCAGUAACAGCUGACUGUCAGACCAACCUGCAAGAAUUCCCUUUUUCUGUCUGUUACCUGUCACCCCCUCCAGCAGGGUAGUGAUGGAUCAGCCAUCUGAAACUACUUGUUCUGUGAUUGUGUAGUCUCUGUACGUACUGUGAGGGGAAGCAAGAAAAACCCGUGGCUGGAGCAAGAGUGAGGUGAAGGUUCAGCUCUCAGUUAGUUUGACUUCAGUGGGGUUGUCAGGUCACCCUGAUGUGCCUGUGAAGAGCUGACAGGCAGGGACCCCUGCAUACACACCUCCUCCCCAUCACUGGAGGAAUUUGUUGGAUUGAGUGGCAUAUAUUAAAAUUCACAUAGGCUCAGCUUUUUAUUUUUCCCCAUAUGACUAAUACCUAGAUGCAUUUAUAGUGUCACUGCAGAUUCUAAAUCUUCUGAGCCUUCAAUAAAGUGACAACCCCAAUGGACCUCUUUAGUUGUAAUGGCUGCUCUCUGAAGGAUUGUUAACCAAGGCCUAGUUGAAGGGAGGAACAAACUGCACAAACAGAGCAAAAGAAGUAUAGGCCAAAGAGGAAGCAGCAGUUCAGCUAGCUACAUACAUUGAACACUGCUGUGGUGAAUCCUAGUGGUAGUUACUUUUGUGUAAAGCACCUGUUUCUGCUAGGACUGCCCUUGCUUUGCAGACGAUUUGAAGGUACUCUUCCCUACUGUUAAUUUUUAAGAGCCAUGUAGGAGAAACAGUGUAUUACUAGAGUAGUCUUAUAGCUACCCCUGACAUUAAGAUGUUUAUAUUGAAAUUGGUGGCGGACUGAAUGAAGAUAGAGACAAUGCUGUAUUGAUGGGCAGCGGCUGUUGCAACUGCACCAGAACAUCCACUGAAAACAAACAUGGUCCAGUCAGGUCCCUGAUAGGACUUACAUUCCAGCAGACAUUUGGGAAACCAUGUAAGGGGACAGCUCUGCUGUAGGAAUGAGUGCAUGGACUGGGAAUAUUUGUUUUUUUGAAGUCUCUGCCAACUGAGUGUUAGUCAAUUGAUGUUGCGUUUGACUGUAGGGAGCAAGCAGCAUUUUCUUGCUGUUCUUUUCUGCUCUGGUGACAUUCCUUGGGUCAUUUGGUAAACUGGUGCAGGGAGCUGAUUACACUGGAGGAAAAAAUCCUGCAGAAGAGAAUACUCUGGUUUGGUUGCUGCCAUGGAGGAGCUUUGGGAAGAUGGUGGUAGUAGCUGAGGCGAGUGCUGUUGCUGAAGAGAUGUGCAUGGAACCACAGUGUUGCUGAACCAACUUGAUUUUGCAUGCACGAAAUAAUGCAUUUUGAAUCCAGAUUGGAGCUGUGUUUUGGUUGGAUCCAAGUCUUGUCGUAGCUCAUUACUAUUAUUAUACAAACUCUAUUUAAACUGUAGCUGAAAUGUGUCAGUUUUAUGGCUGUGACUUAGUGCUGUCUUGAACAAGGAAAAUCAAUGUUUCUUUAACAAAAUUCCUGAUAUGUGUCAUGAAAUGGACUGGACUAGAGAACCUUGUGAGUUCUUUACCACACCUUUCCAUGUUCCACCUUCCAGAUUUUCUAAUGUAAAUGGGUGAAUCCAUUAGCCUUAAACAUGUAAGAUAUGAUGCUGGCAACUGAUACUUCACUUUUGUUUUAUCUAAGGGAAAAGGCUGCAUGGCUGAAAUGUGCUGUUGUGUGAUGACAAAAGGAUCUAUAGAGAGGGUGGUGUACAGAACAAAAAAACAUGGUGGCGUAUUGAGGAGGAUGUAUAGAAAAUUGUUUUGAAUAUAUGGCAAUAUUUGUAGUAGUUUUUUUUUAGCCACAAGCAUAGUUUUUCAGUGGAAGCAGAUAUGUGUGUUGUUCUGUCACCAAGCAUCUCAAGCUCCUGCAGGAAGGAAGAGGAUUAUGCAGAAACACUGUAGUAAUGAGGAAUGAAGUCGGUAAUGGUGCCAAGCAACAGAAAUACCACAAGAUAAUGUUGAUACUGAUACAAUGGCUGGCUGGCAGGAUGAGGAGUUGAUUGCAGCCAAAAUAAGGUGAUAGAGGUAAUCAGGAAACUGAUUUAUGAGCAGAGUUCAAGCAUAUGGGAAGGCAAAUCAGUACAUGUGUCCAAGACUUGUAGUCUGCUUUGCCACUGGGAUGCUGGAGCUGUUGUUGGGGAAACCCCAGCAGUGGCAUCACCACAGGCUGCUACUGAUCCUUUUAAGGGUGUGGAAGUUAAUAAGAAAACUAAAACUGUGUGAUCAAAAGGAUGUUCAUUGAGGGUGAGUUGAAUAUAGCAAGUUGUAGGAGAGGAUAGGUUCUGUUUACUUAGUGUAGGUACAGAGUAUAGUGUCUAGGGUUGCCUUGUUAGUAACUUAAUAUACUCUCAGAGGAAACAUGUUCUGAGAGGAUGGGGAGCGGGGGGAAUGGAACUGUGCAGUAUAUUUAGAAGCAGGAAGCUCCCAGAUCCUCAUUCAGACUAAAUGGCUUUCUGUUAAAUAAUUGAGCCUGGAGAAAAGGAAAAAUGUCUCUAGUACAAGCAGACUGUAGGAUAUACCCCACUAAGGUGUUACUUGAUGUGAGAAGGGAGCAGUGCUAAAAUCCAGAGGCUGAUCUUCCAUAUGAUUGGGUUUUCAGCCAAGAUUUCUCUGUCUUAGUAGACUUGCUAAUUGAAAACAGCAUCUUGUGUUGUGGUUGGGUCACAGCUCGAGCAAGGAAUUCCCUUUCUCAAUGAAACAGGGAUCUUUGGGGGCCACUCUCAAAGAAAAUAAAAUAAAAUCGUAUGAAUUGUGAAAACUGCAGAGAGGGAGUCAUAGAAUCAUUUUGUUGGGAAGCGACCAUCAAGAUCAUAGAGUCCAACCAUAACCGAACUCUGCCACUAAACAAUGUCCCAAGAAGACUACCUGCACAAAAAACAACAGUCCUGUUGACAGAUAAGGGGUAUUUAAAUAUGGAGCCCAUGAAAAAUGCUGUAUAAAGGUGGGACAGCUUCAUGUGGAGAAUUCUUACUUUUGUUCUACCUCUGCCUUUUCCAUGGAGGAAGAAGGGAGCAGAUGACUGAGGAUACUGCUGUAAUGAAGGACAGGCAGUGUCUGGAGACAGAGAGAAACAGUGAUCUUACCAGACCAGAUUUGAUGCCAGUAUCCGAAACUGAAUUUAGCUAAAACUUGACUGAGUCAAGUCACUGCCUGACAAGACAACUGAGUGUUGGCCGGAACUUUGAUGGAGAGAAAAAAAAAAAAAGCAGACUACUUUCAAAAAAAGUCUGAUCAUUUUUCAGAGGUACUUUUCAUGUAAUUUGGAUGUUGUUGUGUUUUUUGUUUUUUGUUUUUUUUUUUUUUUUUUUUGUCUUAACCAACUGAUGUGUUCACAUGUUUAUUACACCAAAGAGGAUUUGCCUUUCUUAAAAAACAAAAUCAUGUUUUUGUUUGCUCAGAAGAGGCCUUUUGAAAAAACUUUAUACUCUUCAAGAUAUAUCAGGGUAUCUUGCAAUUAUUUUAGAUUGGCUAAAAUAUAUUAUCCUUAUUUUCCCCGUAAAUGGAUAUAUUCAUACCUAAUAAUGCCAUUCCGUGAUACUGAUAAAAGAUUUGGUGGAUAGGAUUUCUCUUAGUUUUCUCACAAAGUAUAAUAGAUUUAAUGAUGUUUUGUCUCUGAAUCAGAUAAUGUUCCUUUCAAGUGAACUUCUAAAAGAUAGAAAGUCAUUGAAGAAUACAUGCUGUCCCUUUACUUCAAGAGAGUCCUAGAGGGCAAUAAAUGGGUUCUUGCUGAUUUUGCUAAAAGAAGUGUUUUGAAUUCAACUUCAGGAACAUUAGUUAAAUCUUUCAUGUAAGUAUCACCAAUCAGACUUCUGGUAAAGUAGCGAGUGCUUGCAGCCAGCUGGAAGGACCAGUGAUGUACAGAGACUGAGAUUCAUUUGCCAGUAUAUGAAAACACUUCAGUUGCUUGGGAUGUACUUGCUAUUCUGUGCAGAUUGUACUGUUGUAAUUCAAUUAGUCUGUGUGUGCUUUGUGUGUUUGGAUUUUUUAGGUGCUGGAACUUUUUUGUGUUUAGGGGAAUAUAAAUACAUUGAUGUCCUGUGCCUCUGCAAUGCUGUUAUUGAUUUGACCUGUCACCCCCCGCUGAUAACAUUACUUAAUUGCUUCUAGGAUGUGAUACAUUCAUAUCAUACUCUGAAUUGCUUUGCUGACAAUAAAAAAAUUUCUACUUUGAACACUAUUAGCAUUGAAAAGAGGGGCUUUUCCUAUAUGUUCUUUGCCUUUUCAACUGCCAUAAUGCUUCUCAAUGUUUUCACUGUCUGAAGUGUACAUAUUUCUAUUUGAGUAUAGUUUUUUAACUUUUGCUCUGAUUCCUCAAAGGAUGUGUUGAAAAUUAAUUGGUAGAAGUUUGUGGGUUUUUUCUUCCUUCCUUCUCCCCCACAAAACUCAGUUUUUUGAUUCUCAACAAAUCUAGAAAUAAAGCUAGGACUACUGUGAGGUAUUUGCUGCCUCCAUUUUGAAAGAACUUCUUAAUGGAGAAGCGUACUACUUUAUGAAAAAGAAAGUGCUUUAAAAUUCAUGCUUCAAAAAAGGGUUCUUUGUGAUAGUUGGAACACAUGAUCCCCAGCAAAGCACUAAGCAAUGCAGUCACUUUGGAAAUCUAGCUAUAUCUGCCUUGUCUUGCCCUCUCGUGCCUGUAUCUGCUGAUGUGGCUUAAGUUCUGGUAUUUUGCUUAUUGGAUUUUCUUUCUAAUGCAGUAAAUCAUGAAAUAGCACAGAUUCAUAAACCCAAAUCAUGAAGAACAUUAUCUGUUCCUCAUUUUUGUACAGUACUAAUCCAAACCAGAACCUUUCAGGCUGUAUCGGCUACAUCUUACUAUUGUAUCAUCUGCAUAAUUUUUAACUAUUAUGAAGAUUGAUUGCUUGACUGGAUAUUUAAAAAAGAGUCAGAAUAAGCUUUGCAUGGAUUCAUGUGUGUGUUAGGGUGUAAGAUCAUCUGGUCCUUCAAAAUUGCAGUUGUUUCCUUUGAGCCAAGAAUUGCUUACAAGUUACACAAUUUCUUCAAGUUGCGCUGUCCCACAUGCAUUCAGUCCUUCAGCAGGUGUGCUCCUGAGAUUGGAGACUGCUAACCUUGGCAGCCUGUGAGUGUGCCAGUACCUCCCCCGAGUUCCUCGGCUGUGGAACAAGAGGAAGGUCAGGACCGGUAAUACUCAGUUCCUGUCAGCUCCUCUUCCUUGGAAACCACCUCUCACCCCCACUACGAUAGUAAGAAAACAAGGUAGAGAGUAAGUGCACAUCUGAACAAACAGUUGGAACUCCAGCCACGAGCAACUUUUUCAUUUUUAAUUGCUUGUCCCUUUGGAUGUUGCUGGCUGAUAAUUCCAGUAGUGAUCCUGCAUAGCAACCAGCAUGGCUAGGACUGGCUUUGGAGCCUCCCCAGUGGAUAGGAGCUGUGGAACCGUGCUGCUGGAUGUGAGGUUGUUCCUGAAUUGCUUUUGUGAUGCCUCAGGGCUCUGUAUCAGUCAGCAGACCCCUGCUCUGCUGGAGGCAGGUUCGGCUUGUUAAGGAAAGUUGGUGGGAUGUACCUUGGGGACAAUGGCAGGGAUUCUUUCUCACAAGUUCUUUCUCUUGUAGUUAUUUAUCUCCGUAAUCUCUGUGAAAAUAGGUUUGUCCUUGCUAAAAUUCAGUUGAAGUACUCUCUGUUACUAGGGUUAUCGCUUUUAAAAGCUGAUUUUUUAAAUUUUCUUGUUUCCCCUUCUCAAAUGAACCAGUUUACUGCUGGAUGUUCCCAUGUUGUCUUGCAUUACAGUUCUACUUCCUUGUUACUUGAAAGGAACUAUUGGGGCAAAAUAGCAUAGUGGUUUUGGUCUAGAUAAAAAUCUAAGCAACUAUUAAUAAGGUAUACUUGUGUUACUGGUGUUGUCAUUUACUCACAGUAAAUUUAAAAUGUAUUAAGUAAAAUGUAGAACCUGAAAAAUCAUGUUGGUACGAGUAUGUGCAUGUGCUUGAUAUUAUUUCCUACUUCGGUCUUAGUGUUCUGCUAUUUCAUAAUCCUGUGGCAACAAUGCCAGAAGAAAUACAGAAAGCUAUGAAAAUUUUAGAAGGGAAAAAGUAAAAUGUGUUUGGUUGUAAAACAUGUUGUAACGCUUCCCACCUUGCCCUUUAGAUUAAUUGGAUCACAGUGAACUACAGAAAAUGUUAUGAAACCUUUGUAUUGAGUGAUGACUGUAAACAAAGUGUCACUGUUACCCAAAGUCCCUUCUGUACACAGACUUUUUGUCCAGGAAUUCCUGGCUGUCAGCCCAGACACAUCAGAUGCAAGUCAUCUUAAGUUCUUAGGAUUUUGGGUUCGGUGUGAAAAGUAUUGAGAAAACGGAGAAACUUGCUUCAGGUACUGAAAAUUUUAACUAGAUUUGUGUUUGUUUUAAAUUUCAUUCUGCUCUGAGUAUCAAUAUAAUCUGAAGAUCUCUUCUGUGUUUUUUGUAGCAUUUGGGGUGGUAAUUUUGGCUUCUAAAGCUUCCUGGUUUUGUAUCACACACUUCAUAUACUAUUUCUGCAGUGCAGAAUUUUUUAAACAAGCUUUGGCAGUUGGACUUUUUUAUUCUGUAUACAUGUGUGUAUAUAUACAUAAUGCACAUUUGUGUGUGUGUGUCACUGCUCUCAAUGAGAGAUCCAUUGCAGUAGGUCUGCAGGUGUUGGAUUUAGUUUCCUUUUGAUAAUGCUUAUGUGGAUGCAUAUAAACUCUUAACAGAAAGGCAAGAAAAAGGUCACUUGAUGGUACCUUUUAAAACAAAAAAAAUUUCAUGACUGUAUUCUGAGGCUAAAAUUAGAUUUAAAAAAUUCUUCAGCUAGGCUGAAAUAGGGAAGAUUUUGCUGCGCAGGAUAACUUCUGCAAGGAAAGAUGAAACCUGUCUUUCCUUUUGCAGCUAAAGAUCUAAUUGUGGCUUGGAGCUGUUUUUUCAUUUUUAUGUUCAUGUCCUUCCACAGCUGUCUUUCACCAUGGGAAACAGCGUUCUUGAUUUGGCAUUUUAUGUGGUAACAGAGGUAUUUACAUCUGCAAUAGACUCAGCAGGUUGUAUGCAAGACUGACUUCUGUGCAGAAAUGGAGGAACAGAAUGCUGGACCUGGGAUUGAAGAUUGAUAAAGGAUUAUGGGAUCAUACAUUGAAGAGCCAGCAGGCGGAAUGCCUGAGUGACUGAAGAAAAUGGGUGCUAAUGCAUCAAACUACCCUCACUCGUGUUCCCCAAGGGUAGGGGGAAAUUCACAGGCACAACAGACAUUCAUAGGGACAUCAUCCUACUCCCAUCAAGGCUAUGGCUGUGAAUCGAAGCUGUACAGCCUUGAUCAUGGCCACGAAAAACCUCAAGACAAGAAAAAGAAAACCUCUGGCCUUGCCACCCUCAAAAAGAAAUUCAUUAAGCGUCGGAAAUCCAGCCGAUCUGCUGAUCACGCAAAGCAGAUGCGCGAACUCCUCUCGGGCUGGGAUGUCAGAGACGUUAAUGCAUUAGUAGAAGAAUACGAAGGGACGUCAGCCUUAAAGGAACUUUAUCUACAAGCUAAUUUGGCAAGACCAGAAGCCAGGACGCUACAAAAAGACAUGGCUGAACUUUAUCAGUACAAAUACUGUACCGAUGUAGACUUAAUAUUUCAAGAAACUUGUUUUCCUGUGCAUCGUGCGAUAUUGGCGGCAAGAUGUCCAUUUUUUAAGACACUGCUUUCUUCCUCACCGGAGUAUGGGGCGGAAAUAAUAAUGGAUAUUAACACAGCUGGCAUAGAUAUGCCUAUGUUUUCUGCUUUGUUACACUACCUUUAUACGGGCGAGUUUGGAAUGGAGGAUUCAAGAUUCCAGAAUGUUGAUAUCCUCGUGCAGCUUAGUGAAGAAUUUGGAACACCAAAUUCCUUAGAUGUUGACAUGCGCACACUGUUUGAUUACAUGUGCUACUACGAUGUGGUUCUUAGCUUUUCAUCCAACUCUGACUUGGUUGAAACUUUUGGUGGAAGUCAGAACUGUCUAGAUGAAGAGCUCAGAGCUCAUAAAGCUAUUAUUUCCUCACGGUCUCCGUUUUUUCGUCACUUGCUGCAGAGGAGGAUACGAACUGGUGAAGAAAUCACAGAUCGAACUCUACGAACUCCAACUAGAAUUAUAUUGGAUGAAUCUAUCAUACCAAAAAAGUAUGCUAAGGUCAUUUUGAACUGUAUGUAUACGGAUGUGGUGGACCUCUCAGUUUUGCACUCCAGCCCUUCAGUGGGCAGUUUAAGUGAAGUUCAGGCUCUUGUAGCAGGAAAACUAAACAUGACUAGGGCUGAAGAAGCUAUGGAGCUUUAUCACAUAGCACUGUUCUUGGAGUUUAACAUGCUUGCACAAGGCUGUGAAGACAUUAUUGCUGAGAGCAUCUCACUAGACACCUUAAUUGCCAUUCUGAAGUGGAGCUCUCAGCCGUACGGUUCCAAGUGGGUACAUCGUCAAGCGCUGCAUUUCCUCUGUGAGGAGUUUACCCAGGUCAUGACUUCAGAUGUCUUCUAUGAGCUCAGCAAGGACCAUCUGCUCACAGCUAUUCAAUCUGACUAUUUACAGGCAAGUGAACAAGAUAUUCUUAAAUAUCUGAUUAAAUGGGGAGAACACCAGUUGAUGAAGAGAAUAGCAGAUCGAGAGCCUAAUUUACUCAGUGGUACUGCUCACAGUGUGAACAAAAGAGGUGUGAAGAGGAGAGAUCUUGACAUUGAGGAGCUGAGAGAGAUCUUGUCUCCACUUCUACCUUUUGUCCGCAUUGAGCACAUCCUACCCAUGAACAGUGAAGUACUGAGUGAUGCAAUGAAGAGAGGCCUGAUUAGUACUCCUCCUUCAGACAUGCUACCGACAUCAGAAGGUGGAAAGUCAAAUGCCUGGCUGCGGCAAAAAAAUGCUGGAAUAUAUGUGCGGCCACGACUGUUCUCGCCAUAUGUGGAGGAGGCUAAGAUCUUGAUGAAAUUCCACCGGAAACAAAGCAGCGUUCUGAGGGAAACCUCCCUGGUUUCCAGCCAGUUUGCCGGCCCAGCUCCUCGGCAGCCCUCCCGGCAGGCGGAUGGCAAGUCAGUCCUGGAUGAGAUGAUGGUGGAACAAACCGAUCUCGUUCGUUUGCGGAUGGUCCGAAUGUCCAACGUGCCCGACACCCUUUACAUGGUGAACAAUGCGGUGCCGCAGUGCUGCCACAUGAUUACCCACCAGCAAGUCAGCACUAACCAGUCCAGCCCUCCGUCAGUCAUAGCAAAUGAGAUCCCAGUUCCCAGCCUCCUUGUUGUAAAAGAGAUGAUCAAACGGCUGCAGGAGCUGCGUCACACAGAGCAGGUGCAGAGAGCGUACGCACUUAACUGUGGAGAAGGUGCCACAGUCAGUUAUGAGAUUCAGAUUCGUGUGCUGCGGGAAUUUGGACUUUCUGAUGCUGCUGCUGAACUUCUGCAGAAUCCUCACAAAUUCUUUCCUGAUGAGCGAUUUGGGGACGAAAGCCCUCUCCUGACAGUGAGACAGUCCGGGCGAUGUCGCGUUAACAGCACUCCCACCGCAGAAACCAUGUUUACAGAACUGGACUCUUUUGUGGCCUUCCAUCCACCAUUGCCCCCUCCUCCACCUCCAUACCACCCACCAGCAACUCCUAUUCAUAACCAGUUCAAAGUGGGCUGGAAACAAAGGGUGCCAAGUCAACAUCCCUCGCGUUCCUUUUCUUACCCAUGUAAUCACGCCCUGUUCCACUCCCGAACGGCUCCCAAAGCUGCACCGCCCAUCUACUUGCCCGGGGUCAAAGCGGCACCUCCGGACUGCACCAACACUACAGCUCUGGGGAGACAGACGGUGGCUGCAGCAGCGGCCGUGAUGGCUGCCGAGAAACAAGUAUGUACUCAGCCCUUGCUAAAUGAACUGAUGCCAGAUAUCGCCAUGGGUGUGUCAGCAAUGUCUUUAAAAGACAGAAGAUUACCAGAGCUCACGGUCGACACAGAAUUAAGCCAGACGGUUGCAGAGGUAGGACCUGCUCUGCCCCAGCACAUUUCAUGUAUUCAGAACAGACACAUGCCCACUUCUCGAAAGAAACACGCAAUAGAGCAAAAAAUAGAUGCUCGGGAAAAUCAACAGGAAUAUCCUGACUUCUAUGACUUCUCAAAUGCUGCAUGCAGACCCUCUACUCCAGCACCCAACAGGCACAGUCCUUCGCCUUCACAAGGCAUAUAUUUUGGCCCAGAUUUGUACAGCCACAAUAAGGCAUCACCAAGUGGCUUAAAGUCAGCCUAUCUACCUUCCCAGAUAUCUCCUAAGAAACAAGAGGAUUCUAGGAGGGAAUACCUGCUCUCCCAGGAUGGGCAUCAACACAGACAAAAGAAUGAGCCAAUACACCUCGAUGUCUUAGAACAACCUCCCCAGCGACUGGACUUGGCGUUGGCAACCCAGGAGAAUGCUGGUACUGGCCCGGUUCACAUCAGGGGAAGAACAAAAAUGGAGACGGAUUUAACCUAUGGGCUGAGCUCCACCAGAGCCUCGCUGCCUGCGUACGCCUCCGACGUGCAGGACGAGAGACCCGGUCGCAGGCUGGCAGGUGACGAGCCGCUGGAACACGGAGCGCAGCGCAGCGCGGAUUUGGAAAGGGAAGAUGCAGUGAGCAGGGGAAGGAGGUCUCCGAACAAACCAGACUUCCUCUAUAAAAAAUCUGCCCUAUGAAAGCAGCCUCCACUAUUUCUCCGUGCCUGAGAGUUGUAAACAUCCCAUUCUUUGCAACUUUGGCCUGACUUCUGUCAGACAAAUUCGUUCAUGCCAGCAGAUAAAUUCAACUUCGCUCACUUCUUUUGUACAUACAUUGCUUUGUUAGAGACAGCAUGUUAUCACUUUGUUUUUAAUGCUGCUUCUGGUUUUAUUUUAUGGGAAAUUUUUUUUGAGCAAAUUUAAUUAAGCCUUUUUAAAAAACAAAAGUUGGUACCUUUUUUCUACAACCUGGUAGCCUUUUGCACCUGUACAUCUAUUUUAGUGUAUUAGUUUUGUACUAAUAUGUUAAACUUUAUUGUCACAUUUAAAGGACUGUAUUUUCAUACUUUUUGCAUUUUCCCUUUCACCUGCCAAUUCCCUAUGUGCAUUGGGUUGCACAUUAUGAAAUGUAUUUUCUUAUGAGAUAAUAACAAUGCGUUUAUUUUUUAAUUAUAGGAAUUCCAAAGAACAGCACAUCAAAAUACUACAUUUUUAGUUAGAUUUUGUUUGUUUGGACCUGAAAUCUUCCUGAUUUUUUUUUUAAGACUAUGGCAAGAAUCCAGUCUAAUGUUUUGUAGAGAAGUUCUGGCAGCUGGUCUUACCCCUAUAUAGCAAGCCCACUUCAAGAACUAUCUUUGGGUUUUUAAGAGUCCAGGGGGAUAUUUAGGAGUCUGAAUUCCAGUGAAAUUCACUGGGAUCUGACAGUCUGAUUCUGUUUGCUUCCUGGUUCAGCUGUGACCAGGGAGAACUCCAUGAUCACCCAGAAGCACUUACUAGACAGACUAGAAUUGUUCAUUUGCCCAUGCAGAAAUAAAUCUAGAAAUACUGUAAGAAAUUAUAGUAAUAACGUGGUCUUCCAGCUACCCACGUGUGGGGGUAAGUGAAGACCGGAGUUGAGGAUCCGUGCUGAACCCCAGCGUGUCAGGAAGACAAGGCGUAGCACCUUCGCUGUCGCCUGAGCGGUGGCCCCUCGGCCUGGGGGGUUCCCUCUCCCACAGAGGUGCUGGGGCGGCUGCUCCUUGCCUUGCGCUCCCCCGCCUCUGAGGAAAAAAGGGCUUCACUCUCAGCAACGUCCUUCAGUGCUCCUUACCUGACCUGAAGCGUUGCUGACUUUGUCAUUGCAGCGGCUGUUCUGUGAACGGAAUCAAAGCGAAGAGUAACUGCUCUAGCAUCAUGGAAUGUGCGCAGCUUUAGCACUCUUAACUUACACUUCCAUUUCCCAGCUUUUAAAGUACAGAAGUGAGAUUCAUCGGCUCAUGUGACAUGAGGAGGGAAUGUCGGUGACCUGGGCUGGCUCCUGGCCGCUGGGCUGGAGUGAAGCGAUUGUACCGGGCAUGAUGAGUACAGUUUGUAAGUGCAUCCUUAGUCCUUAACGUGCAGUUUUUACCAUUGGGAUCUGACAUCACUGCGGUGUAGUGAUUACUUGUAAAGGCCAGUUUGGGUGGUUGUUUUUUUAAAAUGCUGUUUCUAUCAUGAAGAAUUUCCCUGCAGUAGAAAAUUUUAAUCCCAAGUGUGACCUAAGGAGUGCUUUAAGGUUGGGUUGUUUGUUGCACUUCAAAAUGCUUAGUACUAUUUAAAUGAAAUCUUGCUGCAACUUUACUUUUAGUUUUAGUUAGUGGCAGAUUCUUACCUAACCUGUUUCAUCAAGGUGUGCAAGGCCUGGUAACACCACCACAGUUCUAUUGGAAUAUAUUGAAUACCGCAUUUCCAAACUACCAAACAGCUUCUAGAUAAAUGAAGAUAUGGGUGUUUGAACCAACAAAUCCUAAUGUCCUGCAUACACAUCUGUAGGCCUCCUGCUUCUGUGAAAGCUCUGCAGAUGCUCCUUUUGAGAUGCAGCCAUGGAAGGUGUGGUAUACGGAUGGGAGGAGAAACUUUGCUAAACCGUGCGGGUGAUGUGUCUCGUGGGAGAGGGGAGACGCUUUUUCCCCUCUGUCAGUCUUCUUAAUGAGGUUUUGUUUUUUAUUUUUUUACCACAGUCAAGACGCUUGGUGGUCUUGGCGUCAUCACCAAGAUGCCGUAUUUCGAUGGGUCUGCAGUGUAGAACGUGGUUAAAUGCAAGAAGGUGUCAUUGUGGGACGGUGCCACUGCAGGUUAGGGCCCGAGGUUCAGCUCUGGGGCUUUUCUGCGGGUCGGAGCACGGUGCUGUCUGACCGCAGAGCUCCAGCCGGGCACCUGCGUCUCCUGCUCGUCAGCGCUAGAAGCAUUAACUUGGAUCACACACAAACGCCCUCAAACACCCUGCACUUGUUGUACGUAUGUAGGUAGCUUAAUGACUAAAUAGGCAUACCUGUCCUCAGAAAACUUAUUGUUCUGAAUAAUUUAUUUUUACCUGAAAUCAAUGGGUGUACUUGGAGAAAAACUAUUUGAGUUGCCAUAGUUUGAUGUGGCACUGUGUGCCUGGACAGAGAUGGGGCUGAAAUCUGCAGAUGUGACUUUUAAGCUUGAAGUCUGUGGAAAUGUGGCUGAUGAAAACUGAGAAGUUUUGAGCUUAUGGCUUGAGGGAAAUCAUUAAAUGCUUUGGCUUUGGAAUAAGCUGGUGACAGAUGUCUCUAGGGGGGACUGCCUGCGCUUUAGAAUACAAAAUUGCUUCUGAAGUCUUAGAAGCUGAGCAGUAUUAAAAAGAGAAUGAAGUGUUUAAAAGUAGGUGCAAAAUAAAAGACAAGUCCUUCUGAGGCCACAGAGACAAUCAGGCCAUGUAGACAAUCUGCGUUUUCCCUUGUAUAUGUUGAGUUGGGAAGAAGACGGCAGCUAACGGCAGCUGAUUCAAAGUGGAAAAGAAGGAUUUGUCACGUUACUGGAACUGUGUUUUUGUGCUCCAGUGUAGGAUUUCCUACUUAGUUGGACGUGCAGAGGGAGGGGAGAGACCAUCUUCGUUGUUCCUCACAGAAGCAUUAUUCAGAAGAUAGCAUUCAUACCGCAUCUCACUCGCAGAACACACGUAUCUGUGCUACCUGCUACUUCUUGUUCUGUCUACUGAAACUUUGGUGCAGAAGCUCCUUGUUUACAUGAAGCACUUUCUGAUUAGGCUGGAAAUUACCAUCUUUUCCUCCUGUAAAUUUGAUGGAGAUGAUAACCAGUUACUGACUGUAUUUGCUUGAGGACAGAGGUAUGAACAUUACAUUUUACUGAAUGAGGAAGACUCGUGCUCCUUGUUCUUUUAAAGAGCUCAGACUUUCAUUUAUUGAGCAACAUGCAAAAACUUUUUAUUUCCCUUUCCCUGACCCCCUCCUUUCCUUAAUAUAUGGAUGAAUAACUUAAUUCCUGAAACAGAUUCUUCCUUUGAAAUGUUUUGUUGUUCCAUGGAGUUACUGUAGUUGUGUGUUAGUAACUGCUGUGUUGAUGGGCAGUUUCUUCUUCUAUUUCCUGUUCUUGAGGAGUUUCAUUUCUGAAAGUUAAGGCUGUGGCCACCCCUCCUUGUAACCUUGGGGUUUGGUUCUGGAGUGUCCCAAAUGUUUGUCUUAUGGGUUCCUUUGCUUCAGGUUGGUGGGAUUGGGGGAGCAGGGGGGACAGGGGUUGGUUGGGUUUGGGGUUUGUUUGUUUUCUUUGGGUGUGAGGUUCGGUUUUUUUGUUCAUUUGUUUUGGGGUUUUGGGGUUUUUUUUUUUGGUGUGUUUUUUAUUUUUUAGGAAUUCUCAUGCUGCUUGGAGCACUGUUUGUUCAUCUGAUGAUUCUGUGCUUCUACGGUAGAGGUGGUGCUGAGCUCUGCCGAACGCAGGGAACAGCUGACAGAGAAAAUUGUACAACUGUAUUUGGGGUUUGUGUAGUUCUCUGUGCUGCCGGAAGGGAGCUCUGCCCUCUGCAGCGCCACGGUUUUGUUUCUUGUCCUCGUGUUGUUACUAGUAUAAAGUCAAGUGCCUUCAAUGCUAAAGGCUCAGAAAACUUUCUUAAACUGACUUCAUGUCCUAUGCAAGUGUUUUUUCUACAACCUGCAUAACCAGUACUUUGUAAAACUUGUUUACGCUUCAAUUGUACAUAGUGUUUUUUAAAAAAAAUAGUAUUUUUAUUUAGGUACCUCCAAACUUGAAUUCUAGUCUUGUGUGAUGCAUUGUAAAACAAUACAUUUCUCUUUUGAGUACCAUUACAGUUGUAAAAAGGUUUUCACUGGUUCUAUUUUUCUACUGUUGCUGAGAAGCAUGUAACACUGACUUUAUCCUACGUAUAGUUGGCAUUUCAAAUAAAUGGCUUGUAUAGAA